AGAAGGUGCGUGGCCGUGCCGGCGGCUUUGCGCAGGAUGCGGUACAGCCAGAGUUUGGCGCUCGGCGGGCUGGAUAAUUACGGGGAUAAAAAUCCGCCCGGUUACGGGCCGCAUUCGGCCCAGGGGCCGUAGUUUGCCGACCCCUGCUCCAGUACGUUAUAAUUGUAUUGGAUGCUGCAGUGAGUUCAGUUUGCUUCUUGAACUAUCACAUCUCCACGCUGGUUAAACGCCUUCAAUAGUGAGGCAGAUUGGAAGGUUCCUUUUGCCUGAUACAAGUUUGAACAGUGCACUUGGACACAAACGUCUCAAUAUUCACUGAUCUACUCCUUGUCUGCAGUUUGUAGACGAUUUCAACAUAAUUGUAAGUAGCAUUGUCUUCCUAGUUAUUUUGGCAUCAAGCUCUGGACCAUUGUCUGUCUGAAACCUUGCUAUCAUUGCUGUAAUGUAACCUCAACCCUUUGUUUCUCCUUGUGCUCCAUUGUGCUGGUGUUUGAUGUAAUAAAGCCUUAUUAAAAUUGGGUAAUCUGCAGCACUGAAUCCCCCCCCCACCCCCCCUUCCCUCCACCCCACCCCACUACAGAAAUGCCAGACGCUCCUGUCCCUCUCUGCCUUAUCCUCAUCUCUUUUGCUUUCCUGAUUCAUCAUCUGGCCAACAGCCAACAGGCACCCAUUGGCACCUUGUCACCUGAGUUUGAGAACAUCACGGUGACUGGUCUGUUGUUGGUCAGCAUGAACCCAUGCAGCAAAACCUGUGGCCUGGGGUGGAGGUCCGAGUAUUACUGUGGCAUCAGCCAAACUGGAAAGCGUAAUAACUGCGUCCUGAAAAACGCCCUGUGUCUCGUCAGCCAGGAAUGUGGCCUGAUCGCCAAAACGGCCGCCAUUGGUUCCUCCAUGAACCUCAGCUGCUUGGAUGAGACGAUUGAAACGCUAGGCUCAUCUGACUUUGUCUUUGUCUGGAAACUUGCAAAAGGACUCGUGACCACCGAUCGAUACUUAUUCAGAAUGUACCUACGACGGUCGAGAAAAACACCCUGGAUGAUGGUUCUCAAGGAUGUAAAGGAGAAGAACGCUGGCACCUACAUGUGUCAGGUGCAGAACGCCAAGACGAUGCAGGUCGUCAAGCGAGUGCUGAUCGCAGUCCGAGUGAUCCCCGACAACCUGGUGCAGCUGAAUUACAUGAAAGUGCUGUCGCCUGCCCAGAAGGAAGAGUUGCUGGUACUGCAGGGCAAACCAGUGGAGAAGAUUCGGCUAUCAUUCUGGAAAAAUGUAAAGGACCUCUUUAAAAGUGCCAGCAUGACAGCUCGGGCCAUUUUCAGCGGCGUGGCCAUCGGGGGAGCGUUCGGUAUCGCUUUUGGAAUCUUAUUUUUAUGCGUGUCAAAAAAAAGAUAA